CUGCAUGCCCUAAAGGACCAAGAAAGAAUGAGCUAUUACGGAAGUAGCUACCGGAUCGUCAAUGUGGACUCCAAAUAUCCAGGCUAUUCUCCAGAGCAUGCCAUAGCUGAGAAGAGAAGAGCAAGGAGGCGCCUGCUUCACAAAGAUGGCAGCUGUAAUGUGUACUUUAAACACAUUUUUGGAGAAUGGGGGAGCUACAUGGUUGAUAUUUUCACCACUCUUGUGGAUACCAAGUGGCGCCAUAUGUUUGUCAUAUUUUCUUUGUCUUACAUUCUCUCCUGGUUGAUAUUUGGCUCCAUAUUUUGGCUCAUAGCCUUUCAUCACGGAGACCUAUUAAGUGAUCCAGAUAUCACCCCUUGUGUUGACAAUGUGCAUUCAUUUACAGCAGCAUUUUUAUUCUCCCUUGAGACCCAAACAACCAUAGGGUACGGUUACCGUUGUGUCACAGAAGAAUGCUCUGUGGCUGUGCUGACAGUGAUCCUUCAGUCCAUCCUAAGCUGCAUCAUAAACACCUUCAUCAUUGGAGCAGCCUUGGCAAAGAUGGCAACUGCCCGGAAGAGAGCCCAGACCAUCCGCUUCAGUUAUUUUGCUCUCAUUGGCAUGAGAGAUGGGAAGCUUUGCCUCAUGUGGCGUAUAGGUGACUUCAGACCAAACCAUGUGGUGGAGGGCACGGUGAGAGCCCAACUUCUGCGCUAUUCAGAAGACAAUGAAGGGCGGAUGACCAUGGCAUUUAAAGACCUCAAACUCGUCAAUGACCAGAUAAUCCUGGUAACUCCAGUGACUAUCGUCCAUGAAAUUGAUCAUGAGAGUCCUCUGUAUGCCCUUGACCGCAAGGCAGUGGCCAAAGAUAAUUUCGAGAUCCUGGUGACAUUUAUUUAUACUGGUGAUUCUACUGGGACAUCCCACCAGUCCAGAAGUUCCUAUGUCCCCAGAGAAAUUCUCUGGGGCCAUCGAUUUCAUGAUGUAUUGGAAGUGAAGAGAAAAUACUACAAGGUGAACUGCUUGCAGUUUGAAGGAAGUGUGGAAGUCUAUGCCCCCUUUUGCAGUGCCAAACAACUGGACUGGAAGGACCAACAACUCAACAACUUGGAGAAAACAUCCCCUGCCCGAGGAUCCUGCACCUCUGACACCAACACCAGGAGGAGAUCUUUCAGUGCAGUUGCCAUGGUGAGCAGCUGUGAGAACCCAGAGGAGACCGUCCUGUCCCCACAAGAUGAGUGUAAGGAAGUCCCCUAUCAGAAAGCCCUCCUGACUUUAAACAGGAUCUCCAUGGAAUCCCAGAUGUAGCCCUCCUCUCUGACCUUUAUCUAAAGGCCCAAAGCUGUAAGCAUGAUUUUUAACAAACUUACUUCUGUGAUUUGCGGCAGGAAUAGAAAGCAGAGAAGGUUAAACUUGGUGAAUGAUCAUCUAAAAAUUCCACAGUUUUCUAAUAUUAAAAUUUGCCUUUGGUAACAGAGUUUGUAUUAGGAACGUGACUAAGAAGCUUAAUUGAUUACAAUUAAUCUCAUUAUUACAUAUACUUAUGUAUCUUGAAGGUGAAGUAUUUAAGAGUGGGAGGAAGAGGCUGAUGGACUAGAUAAAAAUAGAGAAGCAGGUAAGCUAAAUAUUAGCAUGUAAAUAAAAAAAUUAAUGAUGGAAUGAGAAUUUAUAACAAUAUCUUAUCAUCUAAGCACAACAGAUAAGAUUUGCCUCAGCCCAGAAACAUUCAGAUAAGAAAGUAAAACCCAGUGUGGUUUGA